AUGGAGGGAGGCUUUGGUUCGGUAUACUUUGGUACACUUUCUGGGUAUGAUGUCGCAGUCAGAAUACUUUCAAGCAAUUCUAAUCAGGGGCAACAAGAAUUUGAAAACGAGGUUUCCUGUAACUCUGCUUCAAGCAGGUUAUAUCACAAGAAUCUUGUCAAUCUUAUUGGUUAUUCUAAACCACUAGUAGGAGCUCUGGUAUAUGAAUAUAUGCACUGUGGAACGUUGAAGGAUCAUCUACAUGGAACACCCGAACUGGAGAAGUCACUUGAUUGGAAUACCAGACUCAACAUUGGUCUCCAAAUGGCAGAAGGUUUUCUAUACUUGCAUCAAGCUUGUAAUCCACCAAUCAUACACAGAGAUAUAAAAUACUAUGGGACAUCGUCGCUAACCGAAAAGAGCGAUGUAUAUAGUUUUGGAGUGGUUUUUCUAGAGAUAAAAACUGGAACUCCGCCAAGCGAAAAUAUAGUGGCAUUGGCAAGAGAACUACUCUCAUGCGGUAGAAUAGUGGAGCUUAUGGACUCUUCUUUGUGUGGCUUCUAUAAACUAUCAGCAGCUUGGAAGUUGCAGAGGCUAAGGAUCCGACCUGCAGCUAUAGAGGACUGGCGAAAGAUGGCAUGA